UGCUUGAGGCGGAACGAGUCUUGCAUGUGGCUCAGUGUGUCAAUCCAAGCAGGGAGUGUGGUCUGUUAAUGGCUUAAGCUUCGUAGAGAUCUGAAAAGACCGAAGCUUUCACAAGGAAAAAGCUGAGUGAGUGUGAAAAAUGGAGUACAGGAAGCUCAAAGAUCAGGAUGAAGAUGGGAAUUCAGCUGCCGACGACCUCGAAAGUUUACGGGGAAAGCCGCUUUCUGUUGCGGCCAGUUUGGGAGGGGGACCAGUAGACCGAAAAUGGAAGCGAAAGUCAAUGGUUACUCUGGCUUUGACUGUUCUUACGAGUUCACAAGCAAUAUUGAUUGUGUGGUCGAAGCGAGCUGGCAAGUAUGAGUAUAGUGUUACCACUGCUAAUUUUUCGGUGGAGGCUUUGAAGUGUGCAUUGUCGCUUGCUGCUUUGGCACGAAUCUGGAAUAAUGAAGGUGUUACUGACGAUAACAGGUUGAGUACAACAUUGGAUGAAGUUAUUGUAUACCCGAUUCCUGCAGCACUUUACCUAGUCAAAAAUUUGCUUCAGUACUAUAUAUUUGCAUAUGUGGAUGCCCCGGGUUAUCAAAUACUGAAGAACCUGAAUAUUAUCAGCACUGGGGUCUUAUACAGAAUCAUACUCAAGAGGAAGUUAAGUGAGAUUCAAUGGGCUGCUUUCAUAAUACUAUGUGCAGGGUGCACUACGGCGCAGCUGAACCCAAGUUCUGACCAUGUUCUUCAAACUCCAUUGCAAGGUUGGGUGAUGGCCAUUGUCAUGGCACUUCUAAGUGGUUUUGCGGGAGUAUACACCGAGGCGAUAAUUAAAAAGCGGCCUUCAAGAAAUAUAAAUGUGCAGAACUUCUGGUUGUACGUCUUUGGAAUGGUCUUCAAUGCUGCUGCUAUAGUGAUUCAAGAUUUUGAUGCAGUGGUGAACAAGGGCUUCUUCCAUGGAUACUCAUUUAUAACAGUUCUCAUGAUUCUCAACCAUGCACUCAGUGGCAUUGCUGUGUCUAUGGUAAUGAAGUAUGCUGACAAUAUUGUGAAGGUGUAUUCUACUUCGGUAGCAAUGCUGCUUACAGCUGUUGUUUCUGUAUUCCUAUUUGGCUUUCAUCUGUCCCUUGCCUUUUUCCUUGGCUCAAUUGUUGUCUCGGUGUCGGUGUAUCUGCACUCAAUCGGGAAGGUGCGAUAGUGAUGGCAUCGUACCAUCUCUAGCCAUUCUGAUGUCCGUGUAAAGGCUUAUGUUACCGAGAUUUUUGUCGCAUUAAAAUUUUCAAUAGAUAUAUCUUACGCUGGUUAGGUGACAAGAGACAAACCCUUCUGUAAUUUGUGUUGCAAAUCCAUCAAUAUAAAUGAGUUUAAGGUUCUAGUUUCUGGUAA